UUGGAAAUAAUCAAUACGGACCGCACGCAUGUGCGUGCGUCGGGUGGCUUUCCAUGCUCGCAUGUACAUGCGUGCGCCGUAUAUAAAGAGGCUUAAUCCCGCCGCCUCAGUCAGAACGCAGAACACAGAACCAGAGUUGCACCACGAGAAGUAUUAAUAUACGGAGAUAUCGGAACAUCACAGCAUCGCAUCGAGGAACAUUGGACUACAGUACAGUGCAGUUAUAUCGAUUGAAACUACCAUGGAGGGCUACAUCUUUCAAAACUGGGCCGAGACAUUCUCCUGUAAGCCUGAGCUCUACUUUGAACCACAGGACACAGCAGAACUUACCCAGAUUGUUGAGCGAGCACGUACAGAAGGUAAACGGGUGAAGGUAUGUGGUAGCAAGCACUCCCUGUCAGACAUUGCAUGUACGACCGGAUACAUGAUCAACAUGAAACACAUCAACAAAGUGAUAUCGGUUGAUGUUGAUAAACAUCAGAUUCGAGUAGAAGCCGGUGUCCUACUGGAGAAGCUGAAUACAGAUAUUCUUCCAAGCUAUGGACUUGCUCUUAGUCUGUAA